AUGUCAGAUUAUCAAGCCCGUAAAGCUCAGAUGUUAGCGCUACAAGUGGAGAAGGAGAAAGCGUUGAAGAGAGAGUUGGAGUACAAGGCAUCUAAAGAGAAACAAUUAGUCAAAGAAGCGGAAGAGCGCCGAAAACUACAAGAUGCAGCUGCCAGAGAAGCACGCCGACGCGAACUCAUGCAAGCGAAUGAAGCUUUGAAUAAGAAGUCUAAUGGAGGAGACGUAAAGAAAGAAUUGGACUACGACCCUUUCGCUGAAGACGCUAGACCUGUUCCUGUAAUUGUGAAGCCUACCAUCAAAUCAGUCAAAGGCGGUAAUGCGAAAGCAGGACCUUCACGUCUCACAUCAUCUAAGCAAACUAUUCCUGGACCAUCAGUAUCAUCCUCCAAAACCUCAAGGAACGUAGCAAAGCAAAAAGACAAAUCGCAAUCACCUCCACCUUUGGGUAGGAAAGAGAGAGCAGCAAAAGCAUUUGCACAAUCAGCUAAAAAAUCAGCUGGUGAUUCUCUCUUCUCCAUUAGAUCUCUAGUUGAGUCUCGUGAUGCACCGGGCCCGAGCACUGUACAACGGGGAGCGAUGUCGAGAAGUGCAAGUGGAAACGCACUUGGGCUGGGAAAUGGGAAUGGCAAUAGGUAUGGAUCCACGCCUACAGUAGCUGUGCACGGAAUUGGAAUGACAAACGGAUUGAGACGUGACCCAAAUCAAAUAAAGAUAAUACCUGGAAAACCGAAAGGAACUACGAGAGAUCAGAUUUCUGCUCAAGCUAAAAUGGAAGGUUUGAGAAAGCUUUGUCCCGAUAGAGCAACAAGAGAUAGAAGGACAAUAGAGGAGAUACAAAGAGAUAUUAAAGCUAAAAGGAUACCAAAUCCAAGUGGAAAUGGUAGUAUAUCACCUGCAAGAAAGGACAAACCGUUACCCCACGGAAGAGCAAGAUCACCUAUCAAAGCAUCGAAAAACAUUUCCCCACCAAAAUCAUCUAAAAUAUCUUCUUCCGCGAUGAGCAAACUUCCUCCACCUCGAGGGAAUGAAAAAAAGCGACGUCCUUCACCUUCAUCAUCUUCCUCUGCAUCGUCUGACGAAAAUUCACCACCAAGGAAGAAACGACCUCUUGAUCCAUAUCGACGUUCACCACCACCGACCUCUCAUCUUGAUGUUUCCGCUCAGAUCCAGGCCCUGUUUAGAAGACCUGGAGCAGCUCCAAAGAGGUAUAAUGACCAGUUCAGUGACGAUGAAAGUGAUAUGGAAGCUGGCUUGAGUGAUGUCGAAGAGGAAGAAAGAAGGACAGCGAGAAUUGCAAGGUUGGAAGAUGAAAGAGCGGAAAAGGAAGAGAGGGAGCACAAGUUAGCGAAGGAAAAAAGGAAGAAGGAGUUGGAAAGGGCAAAGCUUAAGGGGAAGUGA